AUGGCGUCUGGGACUGGAGGAUGGUUGGGGCCGACGUUUGGGAUGCGGUGGUUGUUGAUGACUGUGCUUCAGGCGAUACCUGCAUUCGGGGCAGAGUUUUCAUCUGAGGCAUGCAGGGAGUUAGGCUUCUCCAGCAACUUGCUCUGCAGCUCUUGUGAUCUUCUUGGACAGUUCAGCCUGCUUCAGCUGGAUCCUGAUUGCCGAGGAUGCUGUCAGGAAGAAGCACAAUUUGAAACAAAAAAGUUGUAUGCAGGAGCUAUUCUUGAGGUCUGUGGAUGAAAAUUGGGGAGGUUCCCACAAGUCCAAGUAUGUUCGAGGUUCAGACCCUGUACUGAAGCUUUUGGAUGACAAUGGGAACAUUGCUGAAGAACUGAGCAUCCUCAAAUGGAACACAGACAGCGUAGAAGAAUUCUUGAGUGAAAAGUUGGAACGCGUAUAAAUCUUGUUUAAAUUUCAUCCUAUCCUUUUGUUAAUGUAUCAGAUGAAAUAUUGCAGUACCUAGGAAAUAAUUUAGUGUUUGCUUCCUUCCAUUGAUUAGUCUUUGUGAGGCAUUGAACAUCUAAUUAGAAGUUAAAGUAGCAGCUCAGCCCAUGAUAUCUAAUGAGUUGGCAAGCUUAACAAACUUCAUUUUUUAUAAAUUUCCAACCUCUUUAAUUUGUUGAUACCACUAACUGAAUGCUUUGUAACAGACUUAUGGUUAAUUAUGCAAAUGAUAGUUUGUGAUAAUUGGUCCAGUUUUACAAACAACAGAUUUUUAAAUUAGAGAGGUUAGUAAGGGAGAUGAUUACUAUUCCUCAUGUGCUAUGUGCUCUUUGAAAGUAGUGUCAGAAAGCUAUAAAGCAAGUAAGAUAUACUGAGCCUCAACAGAUUGCCUGCUCCUCAGACGCUCUUGUAUUUUUGUAUUACCCAGCUUUCCUUUUAAAAGAAAUGUCAUUUAUAGUUUAUAAUGAAUGCAACACAUAAAAACUUUGUAGCCUCAUUAUUGUGAAACAGAGUCAAGAUACACAGUUAAGAGUGAAUCAUUCGCAAAGAUUUGCAUUAAUGAAGACUACACAGAAAACCUUUUUAAGGAUUUGUGUGGAUCUGAUAUUUGGCAGAUUUUUAAGAAGGAAUUUAAAAAGGAUCUCUUAAGACCAAAAUGUAAAUAAAAAAUUUCAAAAAUCAUUCUGAAUUUGAAAUUCUUAUUUAUCUUCUCAUGUUUAAGAAUAACAGUUUUCUCAGUGCAUUUUUAUCAU